UGAGUUGGCAUAAGUAAAGUAUAAAUUUGAAGGCUGCAAGACGCAGCGUCACUUUCUCGUUUGCUACAGGCAUCAACAUGUGGCUACCUCUGACACUCUUAGUGCUUGCGGGAACAGUUUCAGCCGACUUUGACCAUGGCUGGAAGGUCGGCACAGAGUACACCUACCUGGUGCGAAGUCGCACAUUGGCAAGUCUAGACGAGAUAUCGGACCAACACACAGGUAUCCUGAUGAAGGCCUUGCUCACGGUACAAGUGAAGGACUCGCAAACGCUGGCCGCCAAGGUGUCGAAAGGACAGUAUGCCCGUGUCCACAUGUCGUUACCUCUAGGCUGGGACACGAAAAUCUCUGACCUAGACCUGGAGCUCCUCGACCUGCCAAUCCGCGGCACGCCGUUCGAGAUCAAGCUCAAGCACGGCGUGAUCAGGGACAUACUCGUGGAUCGCGAUCUCCCUACCUGGGAGGUGAACAUACUGAAGAGUAUCGUGAGCCAGUUGCAGGUAGACAGCCAGGGUGAGAACGUGAUCAAGACCAAGGAAAUACAGGUACCGACCGACAACGAGCCCUUUGGGUCGUACAAAGUGAUGGAGGAUUCCGUUGGUGGCAAGUGCGAGGUUCUCUACGACAUGGCGCCAUUGCCCGUUCACAUGAUCCACAUAAAGCCGGAAUUGGUACCUAUGCCGGAAAUGAAAGGCGACGGACAGCACAUCGACAUCACGAAGACCAAGAACUUUAACAGGUGUGACCAAAGGAUGGCCUAUCACUUCGGCCUCAUUGAGAAUCCGCAUUGGCAGGAUGGAUCGGACACGAAUGGGAAACUGAUUUCGAUGUUCUCCACGAGCAGAAUCGUGAUCUCAGGCAAACUGAAGCGUUUCACCAUCCAAUCCUCGUCGACUACCAGCAAGAUGCACAUCCGUCUGAAGCUGAACGACAAGCAGAAGGGAAUAGUAGUUAGCAGAAUGAACCUGACCCUAGGAACCAUACAGAAAGUAACGAACCGUCUGCCCCCGGUGAAUAAUCCAGAGUCGACUGGCAACCUGGUGUACACCUACGACAACCCCUUCUCGAAGAUGGAGGAACGCAGGGUCGGUAAGAACAUCCCGAGUCUGGGCUCUAAUGCUGUGACUUCGGACAGCGUUAGCUCUAUCAGCUCGAGCGAAGAAGGCAUGGGCAAGCUGAAGCAGAACCUUCGAGGAACCUCCAGUUCCAGCGAGUCUAGCAGCUCGAUUUCCAGUAGCGAGGAGAACGAUUUCUGGCAGCCCAAGCCCACCUUGCAGGAUGCUCCUCGUAUUCCUUUCUUGUCCGAAUUCGUAGGCUCCAAAGGCAAAGUCAUCGACGAAUCUGUCAAAACCAAGGUCAAAGAUCUCCUUUUCGAGGUCGCUUAUGAGCUCGAUGACCCGAGCAACAUCCCUGACACCUACACCCUAGAGAAGCUCUCUAUCGUGUGUAGCCUGCUUCGCACCAUGAACAAGGAUGAAAUAUUCGCGAUCGACAACAAGCUGCGUUACUCCGACGAGCUGAAAUCGGGCAGCAAGACACAGGUGAUCAAGGAGAACGUUUGGUCCAUGUUCAGAGACGCCAUUACGCAAACUGGAACUGGUCCUGCUUUCUUGCUCAUCAAGAACUGGAUAGAGAAGGAAGAUAUCAAAGUAGUGGAAGCUUCGCAGAUACUGAUGAGGCUUCCCAAGACUGUUCUCAUGCCAACUACCGAAUACGUCAGAGCUUUCUUCGAAUUGGUGAAGAGCCCUAAAGUAAUUAAUAAUCGAAUCCUCCAUUCAGUAUCCAUAGUGGCGUUCGGUGAGCUGCUUCACAACUCCCAAGUGAACAGCAAAACCAUCCACAAUCAUUAUCCUGUUCACACGUUCGGUCGCCCAGUGUCCAAGCACGAUAAAACUCUUACUGACGAGUACAUACCGUUCCUGGACAACGGGCUGAAGAACGCUGUGGAACAACGUAACAGCCCCAAGAUUCAGUCUUACAUCGCCGCUCUGGGCAUGAUCGGACACCCCAAGAUCCUCUCGGUGUUCGAGCCCUAUCUAGAAGGCAAACGUCCACUCACUACCUUCCAGAAGACGUUGAUGGUAGCCAGUCUGGAUAGACUGGCCGACACCAAUACCAAAUUGGCACGCUCGGUCCUGUACAAGAUCUACCUGAACACCAUGGAGAGCCACGAAGUUCGUUGCACCGCUGUCUUCUUGCUGAUGAAGACCAACCCCCCGUUCAGCAUGAUGCAACGAAUGGCAGAGUUUACCAACUACGACACCAAUAAGCACGUGAACUCGGCCGUGAAGUCGACCCUGGAGGAUCUAGCAAAGAUGGAGAGCCCAGAAUGGCAGGAACUAGCCAAGAAAGCUAGCAUCGCGUUGAAACUGUUGACCACUCGUGACUACGGCUACCAAUACUCUCACGGAAUAAUCACGGAGUUCAUAGGCGAUGAAAAUAAAUUAUUCACUCAGCUAAUCCUCAAUUAUAUUGGCAGCGAUGACACUAUAAUCCCUCGCGCGAUAUACCUGGCCACGUUCUCUUCCUUCUCAGACUUCAAGCUACCACCGAGCGAACUGGCGGCCAUGAUUUCCAGCGUGAGAUCUCUCAUGGACAUCAUCUGGAACUUAAAUGACAAGAGCGAAAGGUCAUCCGUGAAACUGGAGACAGAGAAGCUCGUGGAGGCAUUGAACAUCAUACCCGGCGAGGCUAUUCCUAUGGAAGCGAACAUGAUGAUAAACACGAAAUUCGUAUCGGCGAUUUUGCCCUACGACGGAAACACUAUUAAGAGAGCUUUUAGUCUGAUAAAGGAGAAGUUAGCGAUGCUGAAUGAGAACACCAGGAUCAACGAGCAGAAGUUUGCAUCCUUCGACAUGACACUUGGUCUUCCUACCGAAACCGGUCUGCCAUUCGUCUACGACUUCAAAAUACCAAUUCUGUACAAAGUGAAGGGAAUGCUGCAGGUUCAGCUAAACCCUGCCAUGAUGUACAGCGCAAAAACCGACCUCGAUAUCACCUGCUCGGCGAUGAUUCAGGGAAGAAUCGGGUUCAUCGCUCCGUUCGCAAAGGAAAACUUUAUCGCUGGUAUUGACACCAUCUUCAACCUUGAUCUUCCAUUGAAACUGGACGUGGACGUGAACACGAUGAAGCGUACCACGCAAGUGAAAUUCUGGCCACCAGAGGAAUAUGACACAGGACGAACGUUACACUACAGCGUCGUUCCAUACACUGCUGCUCAUAACAUUUUGAGUUUGCGACCCUUAUUGUUGGAGAGUAUAACGCAAAAGAUGAAGAGUAAGGAAGCCGUUCAAAUUAGACCCUCGGAAAGGGACAAGUUUGUGAAUAUGGAGCUCGAAGGUGACGAAUCUGACGUCACAAAAGUAUGGAACGCCGAACUGGGUGACAUGUACAGCAAGGCCAUGUCACCGUGGACCGCGGAAACCAACGGAGAGUUCAAGGCUAAUAUGUACAUCAAUCCUAAGAAGAGACAGAUGAAACCAAUAGUACUCACGUUGUCCUAUGACAGUCUGAACAUGGUACCCGAUCCUAACGUCGAACAACAGUGGACCCCUGUACCUACAAUCGUACAGCCCUCUAGCAAGGACAGCGAAAAUCGCAGGAAGGAAAUGUUGAUGGAAGCCGGUAAAGGUAUCAAAUUGGCUAAAUCGCAUGUGGUAGAUGUCCAACUGAAGGUUUCAGAGGAGUUUAAUUCCGAACACAUAUUAACCGUCGCCUGGUCUAACAGCGACGUGGAGAAUAAGGGACGACUGCUGACUUACGCGCGUAUAGGCAACACCAACAAAAGCGACGUGCUCGAAGGUUGCUCCGCUUCUCAAGCUAGGCUCACGCCAGACAACAUUCUCUUCAACGAUGACAUCUUCAAGAUCAGACCCAAAGCAGAGUUUUCCGUCGAAUUGCGUUACGGAAACUCCUGCGCUACCGGCAACAGGCUCAACGGUACAGGUCAAGUUACCCAAAGUAAGAAGCUGCAGAACCUGAUCAAGAGUUCACCUUUAGCCAUGGCGUGCAAGGAACAGAUGAAACAGGGCAACAAGAUUCUUCGAGCCUGUCAAAACGCCAUCUUUGGCUCCCUGCUGUUUAACCGACUGAAUAUUACCCUAGACAUCGAGUCGAAAGAAGACAGGGAGGCCAUCAACUCGCUUCUCGAGGCUGGCAAUAACAUCAUUGAUUUGGACUCUGACGUGGACACUGUCAAUCCCAAGAAUGCUGGCAAGAACAGCAUCGACAUCAAGGGCAAACUGUCCGACGACUUUAAGAAGGUCAGUCUUCAUAUCCACGCACCUUCCAUGGACAUUCGUGUAGACGAUGAGGACAUCUCUGAGCUAGAAAUCCUGCCUGGCAACAUUUUGGGGUCUACCGACGACCAAGCAGACCUAGCGAGCUUGCUUUUCUCCGACGAACGCUCUUUGUGUAUGCUGGAUAAAACCAGGAUCGAGACCUUCGACAGCAAGUCGUAUCCCUUGAGACUAGGCAAGUGCUGGCACGUCGUGAUGACAACGUAUCCCAGGAUGAACCCGGAGAAGCCAGACGAGAAACUGAGAAUUCCCGAAGAUAGCAGCGUGAGCAUUCUCAGUCGGGAGACUGAGGACGGUCGCAAGGAAGUGAAGAUUCUGCUCGGAAAAGAUGAGAUCGUACUCUUGCCUGGCCAGCCACUGCCAAAGGUUAAGGUGAACGGAAUGGUGGCCGAGGUGACCACGGACAUGAGCUACCAGCAGAAGGAGAAAGACGAGGUCAUGUUCGAGAUUUACAAAGUUGGAAGCAAAGCUAUUGAGCUAUCUUCCGACAAGUUUGACGUAAGCCUCGCCUUCGAUGGAGAACGUAUCCUAAUCCAGGCAACCGAUGAUUACCGCAGCUCCAUCCGUGGUCUCUGCGGCAACUUCGACGGUGAAACCCUCAACGAUUUCACAGGUCCUCAGAACUGCAUAUUCAAAAGUCCCGAGAAAUUCACCGCCAGCUACGCCCUGACCAAGGACCAAUGCGAAGGCCAGUCCCUGGAAAUCGCGAAAUCGUUUUCGAAGCAUACCGACUGUAUACCAAUGGAGAAGACACGUCAUAGCAACGUGAUCAAUGACAUCGAGUCGGGCCGAUCGACCACCGAGCUAGACAACUGGGGCUACCAUUCGCAGCGAAAAGCCGGAGAGAAAAGUUGCAUGAAGACCAGGACCGAGGUAAGAGAGAUCAACGGCAAGAUCUGCUUCUCCACGCGCCCAGUGGUAUCCUGUACGCCUGGCUGCUCGGCCACCGAAACGAAAUCAAAGGACUACCAGUUCCACUGCAUGGAGGAGAAUAAUCGGUCACUGGACCUGAAGAGGAGGAUCCAAAAUGGUGCCAAUCCAGACUUGUCGCAGAAAUCUGUCGACAUGUCGCAUUCUAUAGUGGUUCCUCUUGCUUGCACAGCCUAACUCAGGCGUGCACCAGUUCUUAGUGGCUAUAGUAGUUUUGUAUCUAGCGCGUGCCACGAUAUUUUAAUAAAGCUCAUCGU